CUUGUCACAGGAACUUUUUUUCUUUUCUCCUUUGCUUGCUUUUGCAGUUUUCUCUCAAAUUUCCUAUCCUCCAUUUGAAUUUUUAUAUUCCUUACAUUUUCUUGCUUUAUCACUCUCCUUCAAUUUAUAAAUUUUCAACCUUUCACAUUUUUCUCGAGCUUUGCCAAUUCCAAGAAUAUUUCUUAUUUCAGAUCUUUUUUUUCUAUGUAGUCAUAGGAGUAAAUGUAACAAGAUUUAUUGUUACAUGCCUUCAUGAUUUCUGCAUGAGUACUGUUCUGUAUAAGAUCUCUGCAUCACAUAAAUUUUACCGUGACAUUGCUCGUAUGGAUUCAAUUAAUGGUGUUCGUAGCCAUUUAAUGCAUGCCUUGCUUGAUAUGUAGUGUAAAGCUUGCAGUGACCUGCAAAAAUAUAGCAUAAAAACUUUCUUGAGCUUUGAAGAGCUCACAUGGAGGCUAAGAACAAAGAAAUGGUAUCAAAGAUGGAUGAUUAUGAAGUCAUAGAACAGAUUGGAAGAGGAACUUUUGGAGCUGCAUUUCUUGUUCUUCGUAAGUUUGAAAAUAAGAGGUAUGUGUUGAAGAAGAUUCGUUUAGCUAAACAAACAGAAAAGUUUAAGCUCGCAGCACAUCAAGAGAUGAAUUUAAUAGCAAAGCUGAAUAACCCAUACAUAGUUAACUAUAAAGAAGCAUGGGUGGAAAAGGAGUGCUAUAUAUGCAUUGUGACAAGUUACUGCGAGGGAGGAGAUAUGGCUCAUGUGAUAAAGAAAGCUAGAGGAACAUAUUUUCCUGAAGAGAAACUCUGCCGAUGGCUAACCCAACUGUUGCUGGCUGUGGACUAUCUCCACUCAAAUCGUGUUCUUCACAGGGAUUUGAAAUGCUCAAAUAUCUUCCUUACAAAAGAAAACGAAAUCCGGCUUGGUGACUUUGGACUUGCAAAAUUGCUGAACAAAGAAGAUCUUGCAUCUACAAUUGUGGGCACUCCAAACUACAUGUGCCCAGAACUUCUUGCUGACAUACCCUAUGGCUACAAAUCAGACAUUUGGUCUCUAGGUUGCUGCAUGUUUGAGAUAGCUGCACAUCAACCUGCAUUUAGAGCUCCUGAUAUGGCUGGUCUCGUUAAUAAGAUAAACCGUUCCUCUAUUUCUCCUCUCCCAACUAUGUAUUCGUCUCAAUUAAAACAAUUAAUCAAAACCAUGUUAAGGAAAAAUCCAGAACACAGACCUACAGCUGCAGAAUUACUAAGACACCCCAUUCUACAACCUUAUCUCGCUCAAUGCCACAAUCUCUCUCCAGUCUUUCUCCCAGUAAAGUCUGAACGUGGCUGCAAAGAAAUUCUACUGUUUAAAAAGUCAAAUAUUCACAAGAAAGAUAAAGAUAAGAAGCCAAUCCCAUUAAAAGAGCAUGCAUGUAUUCCGCAAGCAAAAAUUUAUUCUCCUGCACCAAAGCUCUCAGCAAACGAUUUACACAGCACUGCAGACCAAAUUGACAGUGGAAAUUCGGAAAUCACCAUAGAAAGCUUAAUAAGGACUAUCACUCGCCAUGAAGAUCCAAAGCAAGAGUUGGCUUUUGAGCAUUCCAAAAUAGUACAAACUAGAAAUACAUUUCUUUCUGCUCGCAAGAAGGCAUCAGAGUCGAAAAGGAACAAGAAGCAAACAAGUAAAGAAAAUAAUCAAGAAACACAUGGAGCUUCUAGUGACAUAUCAUCAAUGAGCACAUUAACGUUUGUUAAUGGGGAAGAAACAAGAAUUGAAUGGGAUCCACAGAGCUUACGAAGAGCAGAAGCUCUGGAAUCUCUACUUGAGAUUUGUGCAAGUUUGCUUAGACAGGAAAGAUUUGAGGAACUAUCGGGAGUUUUGAGGCCAUUUGGAGAAGAAGUUGUGUCGUCAAGGGAAACAGCAAUCUGGUUAACAAAGAGCCUAAUGAACCAAAAGAAUAGCAGUGGCUAAAUUCAAAUUCAAUCUGAUAAAGUAAAAUAGCUUGUUAGAUAUCAAAUUCUCAAGUUCAUUUCUCUUUCUUUGUGACUAUGUACAGUAAGGACUAAGGAGUUAUAUUUGAACUGUUCUGACCAGAAAGUUAACCAAAAAA